AUGACAGUUUUGUAUGAAGCAGUACUUAUUCAGCUGUUGCCUCAGGAAGAGGCUUUUGAGCCCUGCAGGUUCCUAAGCACAAACAAAUGUUUACAGAGCACUUCUGCAUGGCGUAUCUACAGGUGGCGUCAUCAGCGAGAGAAACAGGGCACGCUGGCACCUGGCAGCCAGGACAGACGUGCUCAGUUUGGCUUUUACAAGGUGGUUGCCUGGUCGGAUGUGCAGGAAUUUCAGGGUCCUUCCCCUGAGGAUUGUUUUUCAGAAAAUGAAAAGACCCUUUUUAACAUUCACUGCAAAGUCCAGCUUCUCCUGGAGAGCAUCAAACACUGCUGUGGCUGUGAGAAUGAAGGUGAAAUUGAGCUGGCAGACGUGAGUGGCCAGGCGAAAAAUUUGCUUCAGAACCAACAUUGCUAUGCCUCAGAGCUUCUGAGCGAGAGAGAGAUCUGUGUACUCCUCGGUGUCACACGUGGUGAAGGUUCUUCAGAGGUAGUAUUUACACCACUACUGAAAGAUGAAGGAGUUAUUAACCCUAAAUUCCUUGCUAAACUUUGGAAAUGGGAAGAUUCCAAAGUCUCUUCUACCAGAGUGAAAUCCAAAAAGGCUGGCAAAAAACCAACACGGCUCUUGGAGGUUCCGUCUCCAGAAGCCACAAACAAUGUAGCCACUGACCAGCUGUGCUGUGUUGAUCUUUGGAGAUGGCCCAUCUUCCGGAGGUGGCACUGCUGGAAAGCUUCACCAAAAAGAAAAGAGGUCAUGUUGCACGUGAGCACCAAACUAGACUGCUCCAGGCGAGGGCUGGGAAGCUUUGCACUUGUUGCAAUAAUAAAUCCCAGUCGAAACCAAGAUGGGUUGACCUCAUUACAGCAGGAUAUGGCAGGAAAAACAGCUCUGCUCCCAAGAUUUCUUUUCUGUUAUUGAAGUAAAAAAUGCAAGCCUCUUUCUGCUGCCAGAAGGGUCUCAUUUUGAAGGGAUGGGGAAAGCUAUUUUUGCCAGAAAUGGUGAAUCUCCAAAUGGAAGAUAAAUUCCUCCUUCCCGGGAGUGGCCCAUGAGACAGUAGAUAGAAUUGCAACCAGACUUACUCAGGAUGAACCAAUCCUACAUGUGAUUGACCAGUGACACUUUCAGACUCUUGUGAAUGAGUUUCGUGAGGUAUGCAUCAAUUCUUUGGGAUCUGCAAGAAAAUUCUGUCAUUGUACACAACUAAAGAAAGUAUGCAACAUCCCAUACGCCCCAUCCAG